AUGGCUUUCAAAGACAAAGAAGGCGACACCGUCGCAUCGUUCAACGGCAAAUGGAUAUCAUAUUCGCACACGCUUAUGGCAUACGCUGCCUUUGUCGGAGCCCUAAUUGUCGGACUAUGGCUCCACUACCACAAGAUCGUACAAAAUGAAUUCUACGGCUAUCCCGAGGAAUGGUUUCCCUCCGUCUCUUCGACCAUCGGAGACCGCUAUCCCGAGCGCUCCGUCUUCAUGCUGUUCAUUGCCCUUACAUCAGGUCCCCGCUUCGUAUUGGUCGGCCUCUGGUAUAUUUUGACCAACCGGCCAAACUCGUCCCUCCCCAAAUUCGUCGCCGGCGUGGGCAUAUUCCGAACCCUGACAUGCGGAGGUUGGACAUACGUGACGUCGACUGAUGACCACGACUGGCACGACAUCUUCAUGAUUUCAUACCUCGUAGCGACACUCCCAUGGACACUCGGCUGCCUGGCUUUGAGCCCAGCGAACCCAACAGCCAUCAAAUACCGGAAGCUUUUCGCUGGAUCCUUCUUUGCGACUCUUGUGCCUCUGAUCUACUUUUUCAUUCAGCACAAAGUGCAUCGGGUUGCUGGAGCAUACACCAUCUACUCAUUCUUCGAGUGGGCGCUUGUACUGCUCGACGUAGCAUUCGAUGCAGUUACGGUAGUCGAGUUCCAAAAUUUCGAGGUUGUGAUAAAGGAUAUACGUGGUGUAUCUCGCGUUGCGGGAAACAGGUCCGUAUCCGACACUAUUCUUGAGAAAGAGAGAGGCAAGGAGAUCGGCGCGACCUUUUCAGGUGCCUUCUCUUGGCUUGGCUUUCUUCAUGCUGUAGCAGACGUCUACAACGGGUUUGUAUUUUGGUCCAUGUUGACCUCUCUCGGAGUAUGCGUAUGGUAUUUCCCACUCUGGCAUAUGGGCAUCUCCGGUUAUGAAGCCAUAAUUUUGUGCACACUCUCCCCAUUCUUCCUAGGGAUUAGGCCACUUCGCUUCCUUGUUACUCGCUACACAUGGUUCUUCCAUCUGCUAUCACUCCCAGGCCUUCUGGCGUUUCUCGCAAAGUCUCCCGAGAACCGCCUGUUCUCCGUUGGAUUUGGCCUUUCGAUGUCAUGUCUCUCUUGGGCCGGUACUUUCUAUGCAGAACGAUCUCAGCCACAUCGUCUCGAGGGACGUAUCUCGGCAUUCUCACUGGGUCUAAUAGCUUCCAGUGUCGCCAAGUUCGCUUUCUGGACGAACAACCCCAUCUGGCCGAUCAUGCAUGAGCCAAAUGGUGGCUGGAACAAGACCGGCCUGGUACUGGCUGUGAUUGCCAUACUGAUAUCAACAAGAUCGACAGCCAGCUCCGGUGCAGAUAUUCCAGCGCCAGGCCCGACUAGAGGAUCUUCAGUGUUUGCAGGCUUUGGUCUCGCCGGUCUGUUCUUUGCUAUGCACUCGUUGCUUUCGGACUCGAGCACCAUGAUUUCAUGGGUCUGGGAAGGAUAUCCUGUCCGUGGCCCGCUUGCUGUUCCCCAUGGUGCUUGGACUUUGCUGGCCAUGGGCGUUGGUCUUAACAUCGGACUAUUUGCUCCAAAUCUAUCUCGGUCAUGGGCUUUCUAUGGUGUGGGCUCCAUUGGAGCUGCUGUAUUGACCACCUACAGCCACUGGAGUGGAUACUACGGCGCCCUUGUCCUUGCCGUGUACACCAUGGCUGCCGCCCCAGUGCUCAUCACUCAUGCUGCCCGCCACUCUCCCGGCAAAACAUUUGGCCUUGCUUUCUUAGUUUACAACCUCAUGGUCCUCUUCCACGUCUGGGUUGUCGCCUAUGCCUUCGUUCCUGGCGGCCCGCUUGUCCGCGAACGCACCGAUUGGGUCAUGACCGCUAUGAUGCUGCAAAUCGGCGCAGGGAUCUUCAGCGUCUCAACCCAGUCACCCGCCGCAAAGACGUACAAAGGCAAAGCCGUCAUCACCGCAGCGUCUAGUAGACAGCGCUCGUAUUACCUUUAUAUUCUCGGCGCCAUUGAGCUGCUCGCUAUCGCUACCGCGUACUUGCGGUUCCCCUCGUACGACUACACUCCUUAUAAUCCCGAGACCAAAUCGAUCACUGCGGGUAUCUGGACAAUCCAUUUCUCCUUGGAUAAUGACAUGUGGUCGUCGGAAUACCGCAUGCGCGAUCUCAUCAAAGAGCUCGAAGUCGACGUCAUUGGCCUAUUGGAAAGCGAUCUCCAGCGCAUCAUCAUGGGUAACCGCGACACGACGCAGUUCCUCGCCGAAGACCUGGGCAUGUGGGUCGACUACGGCCCGGGACCCAACAAGCACACCUGGGGCGCCGCAUUACUCUCCAAGUUCCCCAUUGUCAAUUCCACACACCACCUUCUACCAAGUCCCGUUGGCGAACUGGCGCCCGCGAUCGAGGCCACAAUCGACGCGUACGGCACCCUCGUCGAUGUCUUCGUGUUUCACUCGGGACAGGAGGAGGAUCCCGAGGAUCGCAGAUUACAGUCUCUGUACUUGGCGGAGAGAAUGAAGGCGACGUCCAGGCCAGCGAUUCUGCUGAGUUAUCUUGUUCUCAAGCCGGGCGAGGGAAAUUACAAUACCUAUGUUGGCGAGAAGAGCGGAAUGAAGGAUAUCGACCCCACGGACUGGGAUAGGUGGUGCGAGUACAUUCUCUACAAGGGUCUUAGGCGUACGGGUUACGCUCGAGUUUCUCGACAUACCAUCACGGACACGGAACUACAGCUCGGCAAGUUCGUCGUCGAUCAACCCGAGAAUGGGCACGAGUUGAUUCAUGAGAGCCAAGUCCCACCUGGCCUGCGCUUCCCAGAUCUCUUCAAGGGUGAGGGUGUUAGAGGUCAUAGGUACCACGUUUUCGACGAGCCUAGGUACUAUGCUUAA